AUGUCUUGCCUGCUGAAGGCUCUGCCAGCGGUGGUUUCUGUUGUGGAAUUCACACUGGGGUUGUUCGGAAACGGAUUCAUUGUGCUGACCAACGGCAUUGCCUGGAUCAGGACCAGAAAGCUCUCCCUGAUUGACAUGAUCCUCACUGGCCUGGCGGUUUCUCAGGUUUGCUUUCUGUGUGUAACCAUGUCAGCCGCCCCUCUCCAUAUACCUCACGAAAGCAUGUUUCGCUCCAAGAGUCUAGUGGUGAGUUUUGACAUCCUGUGGACGGGGUCCAACUACCUCUGGUUGGCCUGUAACACCUGCCUCAGCGUCUUCUACUUCUUCAGGAUAGCAAGCUUCUCCAGCCCCGCCUUCCUCUGGGUGAGGUGGAGAAUCCGCAGCCUGCUUCGAGUGAUCUUCCUGGCGGCCGUGAUCUCUUACUUUGUGUUUCUCAUUUUUGUUGAGAGAUUAGGUAAUAACUUGACCCAAGGAUGGGCACAGAUGGAAAAAAACACGACAUUCAGUGUUACGGAAAACAUAAGCAACUUCAUAAUCCAUCAUAUUCUCUUUAACGUGACACUUGUUUUCUUUUUUCUGGUGUCACUGGUCUCUUUAUUGCUUUUAAUCCUGUCCUUGUGGCGCCACAGUGGGCGGAUGGAGGGACUGGGCCUCCGUCCCGGUGACCUGAGCACCAAGGCCCACGUGAAGGCCCUGAAAACCAUGAUUUCCUUCCUGGCCCUCUUUAUCGUGCAUUGUGUUGCCGAAGCGAUGAUCGUGGCUUGUUCUCUUUUUGACAGUGCUGUGACAAAUAGUUUUGCCCGUGUUCUAAUUUUUUUUAACCCCUCCGUGCAUCCAUUUCUUCUGAUUUUAUGGAACAGCAGAUUGAAGCAGGCAUUGUUAUGCGUCGUGAAGAUGCUGAGAGGGGAAAUAACCACUCGUUUCUAUAGACAAUCCUGA